AUGGCUGCUGGCUGGACUAGCUUCGAGGAGGGCAGUUUCUCCGGCGAGCGCCUCGAGGUGGGAGUACACCUAUCCAUCACGUGCCUCUGCGGCCAAAUCCAAGGCCUGAUUCGCGGCCACCGUCCUUUCCACCAAAUCUGCCACUGCGCUGACUGCAAGAAGAUCACCGGUGGUACUCACGGUGAUUUCCUCGUCACUAGAGAGCAGUUCUUGGAGAUCAGCUCGGGAACCAUUCAAAUGUUCUCUUUCCAAGCCACUCAGGCGAUCUUCGAGUUCAAGAAGUAUCUCUAUCGAUGUGAGCACUGCAGCACCCCCUUAUACUUGAAGGAGAGAGACACGCGAACAGAUCGCAUCUUCAUCUUUUCCGGCUGUUUAGUGCAUCACCAGUCGUUGGAAAAGCCCGACAUCGAGAUAUUCACGCAGCAGAAAUGCCACUGGUUGCCCGAGCUCCGAAUAACCCCAGCCCCUUCGCCGGAGCCUGAUGCGGAGUUAGUUGAGGCUGAGCCAGACUUCGAGGUCGUGAGAUCGUACAGCGCCAGUGAAGAGUCGGACCAGUGA